GAAAGUGACGAUUGUUUAAUAUCCAAUCGACCAUCAUUAAGAGAACAUCCAGAAAAUUUGAGAAGAGAGAAUAGCUCCAUUGACGAUCAUUCAUCAACUGCAUCCGUUGAUUUUUAUCCAUCGACUGAAUUAAAUCAGUUGGAUAAAAGGCAUUCAUUUACUUCAUCAUUAUCACUAUCAUCGCAAAAUCAUCAACAAUAUUGUUACCAAAAUCUCGAAUUAUCAUCUCACUCAAUUCUGUCGUUUCCUGAAAAAACCCUUACUCAUCCGGUACUCGAUUACAGUACAACUGCUACAGAAGAUAGUUAUUUAACUCCUUCUACUAGCAAAUUACUUCACACAGAUACAAUCACUAAAGCUAAUUUUCCUGAACAGAAUCAGUCACGCAGUGUAACACCACGAGCUAAUAAUUCACAAGAAUUUCUUUCUGGUGAACCUUCCGAUUCAGAUAGUGAUUUCCCAGCACCACCAGAUUAUCUUCUAUCAACUAAGAUAAGAAAACAAUCAGUAAUAUCAGUAAAUAAUUUAUAUGGUCGAAGUGAUUAUAUCAAUAUGAAAAGUAUUUCUUCAAACAAUUCAUUAUCAACAACAAAACGUGAACCAUUAUCAUCUUUGACAGGGAAACGUAAUACAUCAGCAACUGCAAUGACAGAGGGUGUUUCAUCUGGUAUGGAAUUAUGUCGUGAACAAUCAGCUAAUGUCACCACAGCUAUGAAAUUUCCAACACUUCGACAAACUAAUUCUCCAUCUCAUAAUUAUAAAACAAUUACUGAAACAAACGGUGAUAAUGCUCAAAAUGUAAUUGAUAACAGUAAUAAAUCAAAACAAGUUACAUCACCAUAUUUACCGCAUACUUCAACAGCACUAUCAUCAUCAAUUCAAGCCAGAGGUCAUCUUGUAGGGACCAUCGAUGGAAUCUAUCCACGUACAUCACCUAAAUUUUCACGAACUAAUCGCUUAACGAAUGAAAUUCAUGAG